GUUUUGUUUAAAGAUUGGUUAGGUAUACUUUUACUCUUUGACAAUGUUAAUAUGUGAUUUUAACGAUAAACAUUGCGUUUUGUUUUGUUUUGGGAGUUUUGGGUUUUAGUUUUCUACAUUUGCCGUUUCUUGAUUUAUAUUUAAGUCGUAAAUAUUUUUUUUUUAUUUAUUAAUUAUCCUUAAAAAUUACACAUACAUUAUUUCACAUAAAAUUAUAUCUACCUCUAUUGGUACAAACAUUUAAUCGAACAUAACUAAAUAUAUAUAUAAACGUUUAUAGUGUAGUUGACAGUAGUUGACAUGAAUAAAGAAAAUAACAGAAGCGCUGCUGGUCUGCGCCGCUCUGCAAUUGCUGAAAGAAUCCGAUUAAGAGAGGAAUGGUCUGAAUUGAAAGGCACUGCUGGUGAAUCUCUGACAGCAUUGAACAGACAAAAACAGAUGAUAAAGCAACCUGUAAAAUCUGGUUGUUCAAAACUAAAACCCAAUUAUGUUCAAUCAGGCAAAAUAUAUAAUACUAGAUUGUGCCAAAACGCACAAGUAAACGAAGUGUUGGCAGGAGUAGUGGCUUUGGUGGAAGUUGGUGCAGAAUGCCGGGCGCUACCUUUACGAGCUGCACUCACUGCUCUUGGUGCUACGGUGGUGCCAGCUUGGACACCUAUUGUUACACAUGUCAUCUGGUCUCAAGGUGGGUGCCGCAGUACCCGUGCUCGGGCACGUGCUCUGGCCUCGCUGGUGGUGUCUCCGCUGUGGGUGGAGGCGUGCGCGGCUGCUCAAGCAAGGUUACCGGAGCGUACCUUCCCAGCUGCCGCCAGAGCGUCGGAUCUGCCCUCGCCGAGGACUCUCAGACGUCUUCUGAAAAAGGCUGAGAUGGAGAAUAUACCGUUGUUAGAUCUCUUACCCGACAAAGAUAAAGAGGGCGAGGACAAAGCGACACGGUUACGCCUCUCCAGCGAGACGGAGAACGACACUUCCGCCACAACAAAUGACACGUCGCAAGACGAAUCCGGUGACAAAUCACGCGACAAAACAACAGAUACAUCGCACGACAAAUCUGGUGACACGUCACACGACAAAUCUGAAAUAGAAUCCCGUGUAAACACAGCACCGAGACGCGCGUUGCCCAUUUCUAUGAGUCCGCCGAAACCAACUAAAUCACGCAGAAAAUUAUUCACACACAAAGAAGCGGAUGUGUCCAAAGACAAGGGAUCUGGUGAUGAAUCUGAUCAAUCUGAGAACGGAACAAAACCUGUGAUACGUGUGAUGAGACCGAGUAUUCGCGAGAAACGCGAUCUCGCCCGCGCUGAGCGAAUGGCCAAGCGACUCAUGCGCGCAUGUACACCCGCCCCCGCUACCGCUACCGCUCGCACCAUACAACCACGCAUAGUGUUAACAGGUAUGAAUAAAACGGAACGUCGAGCAACAUUAGAGGCAAUACGUAAGCUGAACGGUCAUAUACAGUGUCGCGUCACUAAGAAUACUACACAUGUUAUACUCGGCAACUGUAAACAUGAUGACAAUACACAACAUAACCAUUUUAACAUGGGAAAUGUUCGGCCAUUUAAUGAUACAGAUGCAUACGCGGUACAAAGAAGUGACGCAACAAAACCUAGAACAUUAAACGCAUUACUAGGAGCGGCACGCGGAGCAAGAAUAUUAAAUCCAUUAUGGGCAAUAGAAUCUGCUAGACAAAACCAAUGGGUACAUCACCACGGAUACGAAAUACCACACCUGAAGAAGAUUUCAGAGAAAGCGCGAAUAGAACGUACGGCACUCGGUAAACUUCAUUCAGAAUACGCUUACGACGUAUUUUACGGUAUGCGAGUUCGUAUCUCACCCAACGCUGAACAGAAAGACUCUGUUGUACAGCUGCUAAAACUAUGCGGGGCCGUCAUACAAGAUGGCGACACUCAACAAAAUGGCGAACAUGAUUUGACAAUAGGCAUUGACGACGGCAAAGUUAGCUCGAAAUGGGUAUUUGACAGUGUCGCCGCAGCUAGAAUGAGAACUACUCGUAGAUAUAUAAAUAAUGCAUUGUCAAACACUUACAUCACUCAAACUACUGCUAGAUGACGCAGGCUGCGGUGUUAAAAGACAAAUAUGUGAUAAUAUUUACGUUUAACGUAUUACUUAUUUUGUAAAUAAAAAUAUGAUGUAGCAGUCAACUAAUAUACCUAUUAGGCCAUUUUAGUAGACCAUAUUUUUUAAAUAUUUUAUUUUCUUAAAGAUUAAAAUGUGAUUUACGAAGUGGUCGAGGAAAUAAAUUUGUUAUUUAUUUAUUUAUUUCACACUACAUCAAUUUAGUUACCAUGAUGUAAGUAUCGAUUAAGUAAAGUAAAAUGUAUUACGACUACAGAUGCUGUAAAUAAAAUUAUGUUAACAUUAUUACAAAUAAAUUAUUGUAUUGAGUUCU